AUGACUCUGACACAUUUAGAGCCUUCCAAUUUACCGCCCCUCUCGGUGUUUCUCGAAACGGUGUGUCCCGGGAUGCCGUUUCUUGAUGAUAACAUCCAUUUCUUGCUAAAAGAUGCCCUCAGCACCGAUAAACUCCGGGAAGUUGAUGAUUUGGCAUGGCCACUCACAGACGUGCGUUCAGCAUCGGCGAAUGUACGUGCUCAACUCGAUCUGACCUACUUAAACGUGGCAAGACCCCCAUUUGUUCACGAUGUACGCAGAAAUAUCGAGUCUACGACAUAUGUACCGCUUCCUUAUCAUAUUUCCUCAGUUUUCACUCAGGUGCGCUCUGGGACCGACUCAGCACGGGAUAUAGGCGAAAUUCACCUAGGAGCCAACGUCAAUCCGCUCAUGCAAGACCCUUUCAAGUUGGUACACUUAAACCCAGGCUGUUUCACAAGCAUGAUUGUAAUGAGAAACAUAUCUCGGAGCAAUGGACCCAGUUUUCCGGAAACACGGUCUCCAUUCAACAAAAUGACCACCAGUAUUAACAAAUUUCUCCGUAUGGGCGUCUCUGAGGAUGCGGACAACCAGAAAUCAUUGUUUAUUCCAUUAUUGGACGUAUUCAGAGAACUGGCUUCAUCGCAUCAUAUCUCUCACCCACUGAAUACUCUGAGCGCUGGAACGUUACGGAGUAACUCCAAGAACCAUUUUUUGUUUGAUAAACUCUUGAACUACGACGAGAAGACAUAUGCAUCCCAGAUUCGAUCUCCUUCUACUUCAAAAUUAUUAGUGGCCGCCAAUGUCAGUGUGCUCAAUGUGUUUGCAUUAGACGAGCAUUUCAACUACUCAAACACUCAGAAGAACAUGUCAACGACGUCCAUUUUCCCACUUCGUGACUUGCUGGUGGAAAUCCCACCUGGUCAACAGAAUCCUGCCAUUCCCACAACUACAACUUGCAAACCGUACAAAAAAGUGACGGAAACCCCUCUUUUCAGACUCCAGUUCAAGAGUCAUAUCAUUGUUACAAGCAUGGUGACGCUUCAAAAUGAUACAGCCGUGCUUCUUGGUCUCAACACUGGUGAUUUACUCAUGAUCAACCUCAUAGACUUGACAUACCGCUAUUUCGACUUGUUAGGUUCACAGGAAACGUCUGAUCCCGAGUGGCAUCCAUCUAGUGCGAAUUCAGUUACCAGUAUUUGUCCUAUAUGGCACUCCAGGCAUCCACUUUUGGUGGUGGUAGGCUUUGGCAAUGGUGAGGUGAUAAUUCUAGACCCAGAGGCUGGCCCUGCGUCCCGUCUGGCUCCAUACCAAAAGACCGUAGUGGGAAAAGAUUCGUUCGUCACUUAUUUCAAGAAAUUCGACCUCAGUAUGUUGUACCAUGCCGAGUCUCUGGACGAUAAAGAGACCUCCCCUCAGUAUAUAGUGGGUCACUUCAAAGUCAGCCACAAGGCCGUCACGUCUAUCGCCAGCACCAUGGCUUAUGAUCUGCCCUCUUAUAGCAGUCACAACCCACAACUUUUAGCCAUUGCCUGUGAAGACGGGUUAGUGCGUUUCAUUGACUUGAUCAGUACUCACGGAGAAAAUUACGGCGACACGUCCAAUUUCUACAACAAGCUGAUCGUUUCAGAUAUCGUAUCUAAUUAUUUUCAAGAUGGUAUUAGAAGCGUGGAUUUUUCCCCCGACUUCCGCUUUUUUGUUUUGGCUGGUAAAGGUGAUCUUAUAGAGGUGUUCAAGAUGACGUACUACAACAUCAACGGGUUGCUCCAAAAAAACACCGAAGGAGGCCACAAAGGCGGACGCUCACGCAGUGGAACCGUCAACAGUGGAAACUCAGGCAAUAUCACCACUCCUUCAAUAUUCUUGUCGCCAAUCAGUACCACACCUAGUGCCAGCUUCGAUAUUGCACGAGAGGAGCAUCACGACACUCAUUAUCCUCCGGCAAUCAAAGACAUUACUAUAGUCAGCAGACUCAAGGGUCACACUAACACCGUGGGAUGUGUUGCAUUCAUCCGCAAUGACGAUUUGGUUUCUUCAAGUAUUGAAAGUGCUAAUUCCCAGACAUACAAAUUGGUUUCUUGUGGAGGAGAUGGAAAGUUAAUAUUGUGGGAUUUCGACAGCAAAGCGCUCCCCCGAGUCAAGAAGAGCCAUAUUACAACAAAGAGGCGUGUGUCUGUACAUCGUGAAGGAGUUGUCUCACCACAACCGACACCCAAUAGAAGCAGGAUGAUGGUGCCCACCAUUUCGAGAAACCACCAUCGCAACAGGUCUUUCUCCCACCAAAAUGAUGAGAAUCCAUUGACCAGCUCUUUCAGUGCUUUGGGAAUCAAUAAGCUUCUCAGUCAAAGUCCUCAGCCGCUGCAACAUCUGGAGAAUGCCGAAGAACACCUGAAGAUUGUGUUUUCCCUCUACCGGUCACUAUAUGAGGUCCGACUUAAAAAGCAUUAUGGACUGGUACAGAAUAAGGACUUGAGAAAAAAGUACUCCAGUAUUAUUCAUGCUGUGGUUAAUGACAAGACGCUUCCUUCGAUUGAAAUCCCGUUGUUGAGCAUUGACAUGUCAUGUUUGGUAAGGGACGGAAAAAUCCAGAGCUUUCACUUGAAUCCCCAUAACCUCUGGGUGUUCGGACGUAAUGGAGACAUUUUCAAGUACAACUUAGUUUACUAA